AUAUUUUUCAUGAUUUCAGGUUCGAGAAACAUUUCACCUCUUCGAAUUCGAAAAAAAACUUCUUAUACUUUCCGGCUUUUACCUCACCGAACCAACAACUCACAUCCAACUCUUCUAUAUCAGUCGAUUUAUUAAUUGGGGAUUAAAUUUUUCGCUGCUCCUCUCGUCAAUGUUCCUCAUGAUUCUAGAAGAAGUGGAAAUAACCAUCCUAACAGCUUGCUGGUUGAUGUCGAUCACACAAGCAGCGUUUCUUCUGAAAUUACUGAUCUUUUAUUUGAAGAGAUAUGAUCUUAGGGACAUUGAAAAUUUCCUUAUUAGUGAAGAGCCGUUUCACACCAUAUCUCAUUUCAAGAGGGCAGUCAUAAGGAAGAAUUUGAAAAGUUGUAGAAGGAUGUUUUUUACAUAUAGGAUGUUCUGCUUCAUCACGUGUUUGGGGUACGCUAUAUGUCCUUACAUUGAUAAGGGACAUCUGCUUGUUUUACCUGGAUACAUACCGUGGGAUAUCAUCAAGUAUAACUUUGUGACUAAUAUGCUUCAAGCAUUCACUAUAAGUAGCAGUGCCUACAUUAACUCAAGUCUUGAUACACUGGCUGUUGCUCUUUUUACAGUUGGUAUAGUUCAUUUGGAAAAUCUCAACGAACACCUUAGAACAAUGGAAUAUACACGACCAGAGGAUGAAGUUGAAAAGGAAUUUAAGAAGAUGAUAGUGCAUCAUCAAAAUAUAAUUUUGAUCGACACACUUAGCAUAGAAUUCGCUAUGCUUACAAGCUAUUUCAUGUGCAUGAUGACUCAGGUUUAUAUACUUACGAAAUCUGGCCAGAUACUAACAAUUCAGAGUCAUGAAUUGGUACGUUCUGUUUAUAUGGGUAACUGGUAUGAAUCGACACCAAAAGUAAGAAAAAUGAUUUCUAUAUUUCUGGAGAGAUGUAAAAAACCAAUUGUUUGUACGGCUGGGAAUUUUUUCACACUUUCUCUAGCUACACUUAUUACUAUUAUCAAAUCAUCUUACUCAUAUUAUGCUGUACUAAGAAGCAUUUAUAUAAAAAAUUCAGGUACACCCUAAUUUUCAAUGUAGUACCACAGCAUAAAAUUAUGAAUCAUUUACAAUAUGCCGGCAGUUAUAUA